AUGCACUCAGCCCCUCACGCAUACACCGCGUUUGACGCCGUCGCAGCUGCAGAUCCGGAGGACCACGUCAAUGUGAUCACAAGUCCGACGCAGACGUGGAUCCCUGAGCCGCCUAUCAUAACUUAUAGGGAGAUUACCACGUACAGGGACGGGUGGUGGGGCCCGCAGGAGUAUACACGUUGGCCACAAAUGUUCAAUGAGUCCGUCUUCCACCAUGCGUGCAUCCCGCUCCGAGGUAGUCGUGAUGCGCCGGGCGACUCUGUCUACAACCCCCUCCCGGAUCGUUUGUUCGUCGAUAGCGCCCGUUUGAACCCCCUCGAAUGUGAAACACCUGGUUUUGGUCGGAUGGACGGAGCCUUGUUGAGCGAACUACGCAAGCAGGCAAUCUCCGCGAUAGACAAGUACAGAACCGCGGAGGUGCUCACACAAGUUCGCAACCAGAAGGUGGAUUUUACUCUCGGCAAAAUGCUCCAAAUUCUGCUACGCAACGCGGUAGAUCGUCUCGAAUAUCUACCUGCCACAGAAACGCACGUCUUGGUCACUGCUCGAAUGGCCCAUCGUCUCAUCCUCGAGAUAUGCGGUCUCAGCAUUUACUAUACUGUUGUUGUCCCUCGCCUUGGCAAUCCCGACCCAGACGUGAUCCAUGCCCUUCUCCGCGUGCGUGGUGCGUUCGUACGCAAUGGUGCCACAGCGCAACUACUCUACCGACUUGGUAUCCCAUUCUGGUUUAUGCAACGGUAUCGCCCCGACAUCCACGUUCAACGAGUUGUUCGUCUCAAGCCCUGGACGGACGAACUGGACUCUGAACCCGUUGGGAUGAGGGUGCCUAAAAGCUGGUACGACGCUGAUGGCACCAACCAAGACCCCGCGCGAUGGGUCCACCCGUCGUUGUCAUUCGUGUGUUCUAGGCUAUGCUCUACGCGCCUUCCGUGUCUCCAGCACGUUCCCGUCUCAGACGCGGCGCCGGACGCGAAGCGACAGAAGGGAGUGUCCGGCCUUGCAACGCAGCAGGCGACCACCAAGGCCAAUGUUUCAUCCAAACCGAAGAGGGUGCGACGAGGCAGCAAAAAGCAUGCUGGGCCGGCUGCCCAACGUGCGAAUACGUGGCCGAGACCCCCGCAUGCUGCAUUCACAUAUCAGCCACCUCCGGUCGACAUUCUGGCUGACACACCUAACUGGAGGUCGGCAUUGCAAGCUGUUUCCCCCUUGCCCCACCCUCCUCCUCAAGCAGCCGUGUAUUAUUUCCCUCCGCCAUUCCUGUUCAUAAACAGUACCGAAAAACUCGGCCGAUACGUCCACAACUACACUCGCAUACGCAUGUUCUGCCGGCAGCGUCUCCUCGAGCCUCAUUUUGACGGCCGACCCCUCAAAAUGUCAGAGUGGCGUCACGCCCUGUAUGGGGACUACAAGCUCGAUGAACCAUCCACUGAUGGAUCUGACGGUCCUGUUGUUACCGAUAAAGCACGCUUGCGACACGAGCACAAGGAAGCAAUACGCGGUUUGUUCGCGAAGAGUGCAGGCCUGGUGUCGUAUUCCGCGGACAUGGUCACAGACUUUCAACGCGAUCGAAUCACCGCCGCCACCGCCGCGUCGGAUCGCGGGCUGGCGCGAGAGGUCAUCUGGGAGGUCAACGAGAUGAACUGGCGUUGUGAACUCAGAGCACUUGAUGCUCUUCUCGUCGACGCGGGACGUAGUGGAUGGUUGCAGUGGGAGCGUGAGCAGGUUGUUUGCGAGGUUUGGCGGGAAACUGCGAUCGAGAGUGCGUACUCGGCCCUCUUCUGCUUUCCGCGGUCAACGUUCCGUUGGACGCCAGUGACUGAAGUUGGCUGGCGGGAACGUGCGCGCAACCUGUAUGCGUUCAUACGUGUCAUGAGUCGCUGGCCAGACUUCCCGUCGGCACUGCGUGAUCGUCUUCACCCUCCCGAGGACCAUGAUAGUCCAGAGCAGUUUGAUCGCCUAGAGAAGAUAGCUACUCAGUACUACGUGUCGAUGUUCGUUAAGCAUUACCAUCGUCUUCCCUGCGUCCCUCUUAAUCGCCUCGUCGGCGCGUAA